AUGCUGCUUGCAGGUGCGUGUCUGGCUACGCGCCAGGCUCCUCCUCGACCCCCGAAAGAAGAUCCGACCCCAUUUCCUCGGCAGCCGAUCUUUCCGCCUGUGGCAUUUCACCUUCUGGGGCUCUUCCACUCCGAUGAUCCAGAUCUGGAGGAGCUGAUCGAUGCGCUUGAAGAUCUGCAGGAUCUGCAUGAAACGGACAGAUUUUGGCUGGCUUCGCACAUCUUCGCAAGAAUGUGGGAUGAAUGGUAUUCCAUGAGUUUGGCGAGCUUUUGGCAUGGUAGACCACCUGUGACCCAAAACAAGGGUGUUUCAGUGAAGUCAGAGAGCAAGCCAGUGCAAUUCAACAUGGAAGCAAAGCGGCCGAUGAGCCGGAGGAAGCUCACCUGGGCAGGCGAGCAGCUGAAGAGCUUGCUGGAUCCGAUUAUCCUGCCAACUGUGGAUCAGUUCCCACAAAUCACGUGCGGCUUCCUCAUUGCCUUCCACAUUUGUUUAAUCUUGCUUGCAGGUCAGAUUCUGAACUUCGUUUGGAAAUCUGGAAGCCCGGGCAGUCUGCUUCAAGGACCAUAUGAUUUUGUCCGUCAACUGCCCGGAGCUUCAUCACCACUUUUCUUCGUGGUGCCCUAUGCCGUGACUCAUGUUCUAACCUGCUCUGUGUACCUCCUGUUGGAUUGGUGGAGACCUACCUGGGUCCAGAAGAUGAUGGCACAGAGCCGGCCAGCUGGGGACUGGGGAGGUCCAGAUCUUGGGUUGACAAGGACAUUGUUGACACAGCUCUCAGUGCUCCCCUUCACUGGAAGUGUGGCGGCUCUGAUGAUCAUCAGGGGUGGGCCAGUUCCAUAUACGAGUCCGUGGGUGGCCACAUGUCUGGACGCUUGUCACCUAGAGUUACCGGAGCGAGCGCCUUCUGUGCUCGAAUUGGUCGUGCACGUUGCCUUCUGCUUGGUAAUUACUGACCUUGCAUACGGCUAUCUUCACUGGCAAAUGCAUCGGCACCGAAGCCUCUGGAAACACAUCCACUCCCUGCACCAUGAAUACAAGGAGACGUUUGUUACAGUUGGCCCUCAUGUUCAAUUCAUGGAAUUCCUCUCAGUGUUCACCUUCGGGGUGUUUGCUCCAGCUGCUUGCGGUGCCCAUCCGCUGACUUGUUGGGUGUGGUAUAUCUUGUUCACCCAGAUGAGCCUUGAGGCCCAUACUGGUUGGCGACAAACUCCGCUCGGCUAUUUGAUGAACUUGUUGACAUUCGGUAACUUCGGUGGCAGCAUGCACCAUCAUUUGCACCACGCAGUUGUUUGGGGCAACUAUGCGCCGUUCUUGACAUACCUUGACCGGCUUGUCGGCACGGAAGUGGAGGAUGUCGGCCACCAGGUCUUGCCAGAUGCACCACAGGUUACGGGUGAUGCAGCUCCCCACGCGGCUGUUGAGGUCUUGGAGACCACGCUGUACAAGGAGGUAGCCUUUCAGGCUAGCCGCGAAGCAGCCGCUGCGCCGAGAUUGGAGGAGCAGAAGGUCCUCCACUUAAUGGGAUCUGCUGCACGCACCCGAACGCCGCCGCCACGAAAGCUUGACUGA